CCUUUCGCCCGUAGUCAGCUGGGAUAGGCUCCAGCUUGCCUGCGACCCUGUAGAACAGGAUAAAGCGGCUACAGAUAAUGAGAUGAAAUGAGAUGUCACACUGUAGGAACUUGUGUGAAAUGCAUUCUGUUGUUUGGACACAAAUAUUUACAAGAAUAAAAAAAAAAAGGAAUUUGUUAUACUAAAACAAAGAAACUUCAUGUUAAUUACUUCACAGAAACACAAUGUUAACAAAAUGACAUCCUCAUUAUUAUUAUUAUUAUUAUCAUCUAAUGGAGGAAAUAAAUACGAUAAACAGCAAACACUGCGUUUCUACCUGAUGUUCAAGUCUAAUCCCAGGUCGCCAUUUUCAUUUACGUCAUUACGCUCUCGCCCAAUCCUAAACUUAGGCUGGUGCGUGCGCGCACGCAUUUCUCCCCUGGAUUUGUAAAACAUGGCUGCUGACCUUCACUGCAUUCACGAGCGCGCUCAUGGGUUUGAGAUCUUCGUUUCUUCGGUCGUUACGUCACAACGUUCAGCGCUCACAGCUUUCAAGAUGGCGGCGGCACCUGCUGGAAUGAAACCAUUAGACCGGAUUGUAUAAGAAGUAAACACAGGAAAAUCAGCCCGGCCGUGACAUUUAAAGUAAGUAAAUAAGUAAGCGAUAAGCGGCAUGUGGGCGGAGGAGCCGGUGGCCUCGGACAGCGAGGCUCCAGUGACCGGCGCCGGUGAGCGCUGGGCUCCGGUGGGCGCCGUGGCGAGUCCCGGGGAUGAGCGCAGCCACAGCCCGGAAGGACGCGGAGCUCCGGGCGGCGAGGCGGAAAUGGCGACGCGGCUGCGGCGGCUGGAAGAAGAGCACGAGCAGCUGCACUCGUCCCUGCUGGCGCUCACGUCGCACUUCGCCCAGGUGCAGUUCCGCCUCAAGCAGAUCGUCCGGGGCCCGAGCGAGGAGCAGGACCGGGAGCGGAUGCUGAGGGAGCUGGAGGAGUUCGCCUUCAGAGGCUGCCCGCAUGUUCUGGGCUGCCGCGCGCAGCACCCGCUCCACAACUCGACUGAGAGGGAAAAGAGGGAGCGCCUGGAGGCUCAGAGAGAAAAGCAGAAGGAGCUGAUUGUCCAGCUGAAGACGCAGUUGGAUGAUUUGGAGCGUUUCGCCUACCAGGAGGGCAGCUAUGACUCACUCCCCCAGUCUGUUGUCAUGGAGAGGCAGAGGGUGAUCAUUGAUGAGCUGAUUAAGAAGCUGGACGUGAACCUGAACGAGGACAUCAGGAACCUGACACCCGAGGAGCUGCGACAGCGCGUGGACACCGCCAUCGCACAGAUCGUCAACCCUGUGCGCGUCAAAGAGCAGCUGGUGGAACAGCUCAAAACCCAGAUCAGAGAUUUGGAGAUGUUCAUUAACUUCAUACAAGAUGAAGUGGGGAACCCGCUCCUGUCAGACAGGGGGAACAGCCAGCAGAGUCGACCCACACCUCGAGGACGCGGCGGCAUGAAGCAAGUGGACCCUGAGCAUUCUGAGCAGCUGCGUGCCAGCGGGCUGCGUUUGGUCCAACGUGCUUUAGCCGUGCUGCAGAUCUUCGCUCUGAGCCAACUGGGCUGUUCAGCAAGGACCAUGGCGGCCAAGGCGUGGCCGCCAGCCGACGGAGCUCCUGAUUACGGCCCCCUGUUGAACAAACUAGAGGGAGCUGUGGAGCGCGUGCGCCUCCUCGCUUCUCGCCUCCAACCUGUAGGUCAGGAUGAGCCUGUGGUGAGCUGCUCCUCCGCCACGACGCCCCCAGCACCCCCUUCAGGACCUCGACACGAGCUCAUAGUCGCUGUGAGGAAAGAUCUGUCCCUGGCGUUGCGUGACCUCCUCGCUCACGGCCUUUACGCACCUUCUGAAGGCAUGAGCCUGGUCCUGGCGCCGAUUUCCUGCCUUCUGCCGUUUUCUGGAUCCUCGCAGCAGGACUCGCUGCACCCCUGGGAGCUCUUCGUUAAGUAUUAUCACGCAAAAAACGGCCCAGCGUUUGCCGAAUCGCCCGCCCGGCAGCUGUCGCAGUCUUUCAGCCUGCCUGUCGGAGGAACCUCGAUGGUCGUGACGCCGAAAAACUCGCUGCUCUGGGCUGUGCACAGCGUCCUGAGGGAGCACGGGCGCUACAAACGCAGCGCGGACUCGGAGUUCAAGGCGCUGGUGUGUAUGGCGCUGAAUGAGCAGAGGUUGGUGUCCUGGGUCAACCUGCUGUGCAAGGCGGGGACUCUGAUCCACACUCACUACCAGCCCUGGAGCUACGUGGCGCAGACCGGCUUCGAGGGAGCGCUAAGGAUUCUGGGACGUCUCAGCCACCUGAAAUUCGACCUGCCCGUUGAUCUGGCAGUGCGACAGCUCAAAAACAUCCAGGACGCCUUCUGAGUCCGUCAGCGUCCACUUUACACUAGAGUUUGAUCUUAAAACCAAGAACCAUCUUUAUUUCAUUUCAUCAGCAUCCAAGAUUUACUUUUAAUCGCUUCCAAAAGAAAUUAAAGGUGCAGUAUGUAAAGUCUAAGUGUUUCCAGACCUGGGGAUAACAACAUCAUUUUAAAGACACUUUUGAAAUAUCAGUAAACUGCGUAUUAAUUCAGAUCAAUAGUUUUUGUUUCAGGCUGCUAAAGGAAAAUCUUCCAGCUUGGAAAGAAGCUCUGCCCCCUCGCCAGAAACGGAAUUGUUGAGCACUUUUUCCUUCAGUGACCCGUGAGGCAUAAUGCAUGUUCAGCUGAGGGGGCGGAGCCUGUUUUGUGUAAAAUGAGAAAUGGUUAUCUGAGGGCUUUAAAUAUUACAGACUGCCCCUUUAAAGCUUUUUUUUUAGUUGUAUGAGGAAUAUAAUACAACACUAAAUAUCCAAGUCCCUUUUUUUUUUUAAAUGUCGUGAUUUGAUUUGAUUUCCUUUACGCUGGAGUAGAAAUCUCUCGUUUAUGGUAAUGAUUAAAAUAUUACAUAAAAACUUUGUCCUAAAAGGGGUUCAGGAUGUAAAGGAGUGCCUUUAAUCAUAUACAUUUAUGUACAUUUCACUUUGUGCAGUUGUGUGUGUGUGUGUGUGUGUGUGUGGUUCCCCCCCAUGUCCUGAAGUUGUAGAACAGAGGAGUGGAGCCGAGUCCAGUACGUACAUGAGCUGUCCUGUAAACACUGUGCUCUGGUUUUUAAUGUCCUGUAACGUUUUCCUGUAGUUUGUGCUGCUGCUGUUUAUUCCGGUUCAUAUACACUGUAAUAUAUGCAGAUAUAUGCAAAUUUAGGUCAUUCUUUAAUUCCAAGUUUAUGCUAACCUACGGUUGACCAGUCAUUUGUUGUUUGUCUCUUGUGGGCGUGUACCAACCGUUACUACUGUAGCCUGUGGGCGUGGCCUUGCAAGCAGCCUGCUACUUCCUUCCAAGAGGACGACGUAUGAUGAAACCGCUGUUAUUUUUCUUCAACCAAACAGGAACUGAAGAAACGUCAAACCACAUGCGCCGUACGAUUGGUCCGAGGAAUCUUUCAAGCCAAAUUGUUUGAAAUUUGUCACUUUACUGUAUCAUGGAUUAUUUUGCAUACAAUUAAAAACGCUCAAUUCAAAUGUCGGUGAAAUCGUGGCGUACGUAGAACGAUGGACGAUCACUUCUCGCUUUGCGUAAAAAUGGCAAAAAAAUUUUUAACUUUUUUUUUUUAAGUUCUUUUGGUUCCAUGAAGGAAGAAACGGAUGUUUUCCAGAACCCGUCCAAAAACGUCGUAGCGUCUAUAAGAGACGAACUUGUUUAAGCCUGUUACCAAAAUCAGUUGUGCAAAUGUGUUGGACUAAAGAAGAAGAAUCUCCUACUGCACUUUUUUUUUUUUUUUUUAAUAUAAAUAUAAAGUGCUUUGGUGCUGAGGGGACGUAGCUGAUAUCUGAAUACGGGUCGCAUCAGUGGACGACGUUUAAACAUGUUCGCAUUAAAACCUUCUGACUGUAUCAAUUGUAUUUUGCAAGGAACAGUUGUACUGCGUUCACACCAGCAGCGAGUUUUUCUUCACUUCGCAUCACUCAGGUUGUUCUGCGCUCGUCUUUUGCUGACGGCUGAAAAUCUGAAUGAAAUUUUGCCAGUGAAACAAAAUUUCCUGUGAAUGUAUAAAUUCUGAAGUGAACUCAUUAGCAUAUAAACUGAACGUUUACUGCAUCACUGUCCGUCUUGAACUGAUUCGACUUCAUUCUCAUUUGCAUAACACUUUGCAUAAAGUCCCAUUUCCAGUCACAAUGUUUGCUCCGCCCCCUGUUUCCUUUUCAUGAAAGCUGAACGACUUCUGGCUGCUGUUGUGAACGCAGGCUUGUUCACGGCGUCGUUAUCGUGAACGCUCAGAAAUAUUACAGAGUUUAAACCGGAGUGUUCUCUCUGCUGGUUUAUUUAUUUUGAAAAUGUACUAUUUUAAACUGAGAAUAUAAAGAAAUUAGAGAUUAAGAUUGUGAUCUUGUUUUAAAGCAGGAGGAAAGUUUGUGCUUUUCUGGGCUGGAAAUAUUUCGACAGUAACCUGAAAUUUAGGGGGGAGAAAACCUUGUGAAGCCUGCAGCAAUGUUACAAAUGAUGAUAUUUGAAGGGGUCAGUGAAAUGAUGGGGUUAUUACAGGUGGAGAAACACUUUUAGAAAUUGCAGACCGCACCUUUAAUGUUGUUUGUCUGUUUACUGAAUUGAAGUUUGAGGGAAAGGAAAGUUUUACGUUUUGAUGAAAUGAUCAUGGAGGUUUCUUUCACCACCUCUAUGCCUGUGAAGUGAGGUGUGUGUGUGUGUCCCCUGAUUAUUUGCUGCUACUAAACGUCUUUUCCAGCAGGUUGAUCCGAUCUGAUUGAUAUAAGCGUGUUCAUGUUGUAAUCUGUAGCGAACACUCAUGUCCUUUAUAUACUGUAGAUUUUCACAGACUCUCUUUAACUCCGCUGAAACCCUGAAUGUUGGAUCCACUGCACGUUUCUUCUUCUCCCCCCAGUCUUGAGAAAAGCUAAAAGUAUAUUUUUAUGGACCAGCCUGGUGAAGAACACUGGAUGUAAUGAAUCCAUGUGUUUGGAUUCAUAUUUACGUGACUCAUGAAGUUUUAUUUAUUUAUUAUUUGGUUUGUGAUUCCUUUUCCCUGGAUGUUGUGUGCAGCUCAGACCUGCACCUUUUGUGUCAUUUUGAUUUUUUUCCCCCCUUAAGUAAAUCUUUUAUUAUUAUUGUCAAAUGUAAUUUGUCUUUAGUUCCCAUGACCUUUAGUAUCAUUUUGUUUUUAUUAGGGGUUUUUUUUUUGUAUGUUUGACAAAAAGAAUUGUGUAUUGUACUUAAAUAUAUUUGGUUCAGGUUGAUUCAGUUGCUGUAUUAAUAAAACAAAUCAUGAAGGGUCUGAUGGGAAAUUUAAGAUUUGUC